AGCACUAGUGGCAAUUAUACUGGAUCUGCUGGUCCACAAGAAUAGAGUAUAACAAAAGAUCAACGCAUGGUCGUCCCCCCCGCGGAUCGCGAGACGACGCAGCCGGGAGCUGUGUCGUCGGAGAAGGUCGAAACCGACGCAGCCCGGAGCACCGGCCCCGCCGCCGCGUCCAGCAACAAUAAAGCCGCGACCGACCAUGUCAGUGUGAACGAAUUCGCCGACAUUGCCAGCGAGGAGGCUUUACGCAUUGAAAAAUUAUCGUACUAGCACAAGUUGCCCGACAAUUAGGAAGCAUGAUGUUUGUCAUGCUCAUGCAGAUUCAGAUCAAGAAUCGAUUGCAGUGGACUACUGUACUAGUACGCUACUUUUGCACAGGAUAGGCAUCUCACGCCCCGGAGAAUCACCAGGAACAGCAGCAAGCAGCUGCGGUUAUGCAUUGCAAAAGUAUCGUACUCGUAUGACUGCAUUACAAAUUUCCGCAGCAUGAGAAAUAAAAUUUGUAGUGCGGAAUUACCUUAAGAACAGGAUUUGUAAUGCAUGACUGCAAUACGAGUACGUGUACGAUACUUUUGCACAGGAUAGCGGUUUCCCGUCCGACCGGCGGCGCGAACAAGGCCCCGCGGGCGCCAUUGAAGGCCGAGGGCGCACCGAACGGAACUACCAUUCCGUACGACGAUUCGGCCACCUGGAGCGGUUCUGUCGCGAACAACGUAGGGCCGCUGGCGGGGCUCCCGAAGGCGGUGUACGUGCCCGACGCAGUAGGGGAUAAUAACAUCAGUGGUGAGAACAAAACCCAGCAUACCGCAAAUACCACGAGCGGUGAAGAUGGGCCAGCGGAACAAGAACAAAGCGCAGGGACCACGUCGUGUGGAAACGGGAGCGGUUCUCUGUCCUGUGCAGGAGAAGCUCCACAGCCAGACCGCAUGGCCCAAGCCGAAUUGGACUACCAGAUCAAGCGGCGAAACCAGGUCCACCUAAUCGUCGGCGCGUCGAUCCUUUUCUCGCUCAUUGUGCUGUUUUUUUGCUGUCGCAGGAGCAGGAGGACGUGAGGAGGACGGUAGUACGUAGAUGUUUCUGGAACUGGAGCGGCCCAUCUCUACCACUCGAUCUGCGUUGGUUAUUGCUCCGAGAAGGCGAAAGCUCAAGCUGUAUGAAGAAGAUUUAGAUUAUAACUGUUAGUUUUAUACUGGUUUCAAGAACAGCGAAUGCGAAGACAGAAGGAGCAGGCAGUUCUUCCUGUGCAACUGUGAUGUUUUACGAAUAGAAUCCGAAGAACCGACACCAUUUUCGGCUGGAUGAAGAUGCUCCUCGAUCUUUCGCGUCAUGGAGGUUGAUUUUUUUAUUUUUUGAAUACAACAAGAACAAACACAAGC